CGGGGCGGCGGGGAGCGCGGGGCGGCUCCGGGCCGGCAGGGCCGCCGCACCGGAAGAGUCGCGGGCGGAAGCGGAGCCGCGGCGGCGUCUGCGGGCGGCGCUGGGACCCGGGGGCGGCGGGAGAACAAGGGAGCUGCGCCGCGGCCGCCGCCGCCGCCGCCGAGAGCCCGGGCCGGCCCCGAGCAGGCCGAGCAGGCCGAGCAGGCCCGGCCCGAGCAGGCCGCCGCCAUGGGCGAGACCAAGAUCAUCUACCACCUGGACGGCCAGGAGACGCCGUACCUGGUGAAGCUGCCGCUGCCCGCCGAGCGCGUCACCCUGGCCGACUUCAAGGGCGUGCUGCAGCGCCCCAGCUACAAGUUCUUCUUCAAGUCCAUGGACGACGACUUCGGGGUGGUGAAGGAGGAGAUCUCAGAUGACAACGCCAAGCUGCCCUGCUUCAACGGCCGCGUGGUGUCCUGGCUGGUGUCUGCAGAGGGCUCACACCCAGAGCCAGCUCCCUUCUGUGCUGAGAACCCUUCAGAGCUGCCACCACCCUUGGAGCGCACAGGCGGCAUCGGGGACUCCCGGCCCCCCUCCUUCCACCCCCACGCCGGCGGAGGCAGCCAGGAGAACCUGGACAAUGACACAGAGACGGACUCCUUGGUGUCAGCCCAGCGGGAGCGGCCACGCCGGAGGGACGGGCCUGAGCACGCUGCCCGGCUCAACGGAACAGCCAAGGCUGAACGGCGUCGAGAGCCGGGGGGCUAUGACAGCUCGUCCACCCUGAUGAGCAGUGAGCUGGAGACCACUAGCUUCUUCGACUCCGAUGAAGAUGACUCCACCAGCAGGUUCAGCAGCUCCACAGAGCAGAGCAGCGCCUCUCGUCUCAUGAGGAGACACAAGCGGCGGCGGCGGAAGCAGAAAGUGUCCCGGAUCGAGCGGUCCUCGUCCUUCAGCAGCAUCACGGACUCUACCAUGUCCCUCAACAUCAUCACAGUCACCCUCAACAUGGAAAAAUACAACUUCCUGGGCAUCUCCAUCGUGGGCCAGAGCAACGAGCGCGGCGACGGCGGCAUCUACAUCGGCUCCAUCAUGAAGGGUGGGGCCGUGGCCGCUGAUGGCCGCAUCGAGCCCGGGGACAUGCUGCUCCAGGUAAACGAGAUCAACUUUGAGAACAUGAGCAACGAUGACGCGGUGCGGGUGCUGCGGGAGAUUGUGCACAAGCCGGGGCCCAUCACUUUGACCGUGGCCAAGUGCUGGGACCCCAGUCCGCGUGGUUGCUUCACACUGCCUAGGAGUGAACCCAUCCGGCCCAUCGACCCUGCAGCCUGGGUCUCUCACACGGCAGCCAUGACCGGCACCUUCCCCGCCUACGGCCUGAGCCCCUCCCUGAGCACCAUCACCUCCACCAGCUCCUCCAUUACCAGCUCCAUCCCUGACACAGAGCGCCUAGACGACUUCCACCUGUCCAUCCACAGUGACAUGGCAGCCAUCGUAAAAGCCAUGGCUUCCCCUGAAUCUGGGCUGGAGGUCCGUGACCGUAUGUGGCUCAAGAUCACCAUCCCCAACGCUUUCAUCGGCUCGGAUGUGGUGGACUGGCUGUACCACAAUGUGGAGGGCUUCACGGACCGGCGGGAGGCCCGCAAGUAUGCCAGCAACCUGCUGAAAGCCGGCUUCAUCAGACACACCGUCAACAAGAUCACCUUCUCUGAGCAGUGCUACUACAUCUUUGGUGACCUCUGUGGCAACAUGGCCAACCUGUCCCUCCACGACCACGAUGGCUCCAGCGGUGCCUCUGACCAGGACACACUGGCCCCACUGCCGCACCCGGGGGCGGCCCCCUGGCCCAUGGCUUUCCCCUACCAGUACCCCCCACCCCCACACCCCUACAACCCUCACCCAGGCUUCCCGGAACUGGGGUACAGCUACGGUGGGGGCAGUGCCAGCAGCCAGCACAGUGAAGGCAGCCGUAGUAGCGGCUCCAACCGCAGUGGCAGCGACCGGCGGAAGGAGAAGGACCUGAAGGCCGGGGACUCCAAGUCGGGCGGCAGCGGCAGCGAGUCGGACCACACCUCCCGCAGCGGCCUGCGGGCACGGGAGCGGGAGCGGGCGGCCAGCGAGCGCUCGGGCCCGGCCAGCGAGCACAGCCACCGCAGCCACCACUCGCUGGCCGGCAGCCUGCGCAGCCAGCACACGCACCCCAGCUAUGGGCCCCCCGGCGUGCCCCCGCUGUACGGCGCCCCGGUGCUCGUCAUGCCCCCGCCGCCCGCUGCAUUGGGGCCCCCGGGGGCCCCCCCGGGCCGCGACCUGGCCUCAGUGCCCCCCGAACUGACCGCCAGCAGACAGUCCUUCCGCAUGGCCAUGGGAAACCCCAGUGAGUUCUUCGUGGAUGUGAUGUGAGCAGGCCCCUCCCUCCCCGCCCCCCUGCACCUCCUCUCGUCUGUCCAGCAGCGUCCCAUCCUUUUUUUGUUUGUUUGUUUGUUUUAACUUUGGUUACUGAAAGGGAAAUAAACAGAACUAAACCCUGGCGCUAACGGCUCGCUGGGAGCAGUGAGGGGGACAACCCCACUGAUGGCCCCUGCCACACUAACCCGCUUGGCUUGGCUUGGCCCCCCAGCCCACUAACCUCGAGCAGGACGCCAGGGUUCCUCCCUGUCCUUCAGACUGGACUCACAGGUGCUGGUCCCUCCUCCCUGCAGCGGACACUCCAGGACACGAACCCUGCGGUGCUCCUAGGACCUGCACCCCCCGCUCAGCUCCCUCAUCCCUGGGUUAACCACCCCCCAAGCAUGUGUGCCAAUCUCUGGACUUUUACCCACAACACUGACACAGAACUGCCCCUCCUAACUGUCUUCUGCCUGCUGCCGCUUUCCCCACCUGGAACCUCAGUAACCCUGUGCUCUCCCCGCCUGAAGUCCAAAGGGCCCAGCAGUGGCCUGAGCUGCUGAAAGCUUCCAGGGACCAUCUCUGCUCUCUAUUCCAACCCCCUUCUGCUCUGUUGCUGGUUCCUUCAGCCCCUAACCUACUAACGAGCAGGUUCAUCUCGCCUCUGGGCCUGAAACAUUUCUUCUCUCUUUUUCCCUCCCCCCAAUUUUUCCUGGGCCUGGAGCAGCCAAGAAUUUCGGGCUGUUUGACUUUCUGUGAGCCCCCAGCAAGGGGAGGUCCAGCCUCGGAGGAGACCAGGAACCCUGCUUCAUCAGCCCCUCAGGGCUUCCCAAGGAUAUUCAGCCCCACACCCACACUUCAAUGUGUAGACUAUACUCCCCUUUUCUAGAGAGUGCUCCCCCCACCUCACUCACACACACACAUACACACACACGUGCCUAUGCAAGUUCUCCUAAGCCUCAGGGCUGGCCCCUGCCCAGAGGGCUGGACCUCUCCCAGUCUGCUCCCAGGUUUGGGGGCUGGUCCCCUGACUGCCCUUUCCCCUCUCAGAGCUUUCAAGUCGCCUGACCUCAUAUGUCUCCAUCAUCUUCCCUCCAGGACAAAGCCCAUAAGUGAGAUGUUAGGAGUGGGCUCAGCAGAGAACUCCCCAGAAAAUUUCUCACUGUUCCCCUGCCUCAUACACCUGUCUCUGUUUUUCACAGUCACCAUGUUACCCCAGAGCAAGGUUGGGCAGGGGCAUCUAGAGAGAGUCUGGUUUUAGUUUUUCCCUUAUUCCACACUUUAAAAGAAACCAUGACUUUCUUUUUCUUUUUUUAAACCAGAGCACUGUUCAGCUCUGGCUUAUGGUGGUUCAGGGGAUUGAACCUGGGGCUUUGGAGCCUCGGGCAUGAGUCUGUUUGCAUAACCAUUAUGCUAUCUACCCUCCACCUGAAAAACCAUGACUUUAAGCCUUUUCUAUAAAUGUUCUGAGGCACCCAUUUUCAGGACUGGGGUGUCAGAAGAGAUGAAAUCCUAAUUCAAUUCUUUGGGGCAUUCAUUCAUUCAUUCACUCAUUUAACAAGUGUCUCCUGGGGGACGGGGUGAGUGGGGGCUGUCCUGGGACUCUGACCCACCUGCCUUCUGGGAUCUCUAGGGUAGCUUCCAGUCCACAUCAGGGCUGUCUCCACUUCCCUCCCUUCUCUUAACUCUGCCUUUUGGGAUUGUCGGUGCUCCCACUAUUCCUUGUCCAUUUCUGUUUCCUCUCGUUUUCACUCCCCAAUGGUGCCACCCAUCCGGAUGGCCUCAGCUGCCACUGAUAUGCUGGUGAUUACCAAAUAUGUAUCUCCAGCCCAGCUGCCCUCUAGUCUUCAGAUCAGUAUUUCUGUCACCGACUGGACAUCUCUGUGGACCUGGCUAUGGAGAUUCACUUUAUUUUCCCCACCAAGUUUAUUCAUUCUGGGGAGUUGGGCGGGUUAACACAAUGACCAGUUUAAGGAUCCCUGUUCAAGCCCCCGGCUCCCCAGCUGCAGGGGAGUCGCUUCACAGGCGGUGAAGCAGGUCUGCAGGUGUCUCUCUUUCUCUACCCUUUUCUGUCUUCCCCUCCUCUCUCCAUUUCUCUCUGCCCUAUCCAACAAUGACAGCAUCAAUAACAACAACAAUAACUACAACAACAAUUUUAAAAAAGGGCAACAAAAGGGAAAAUAAAAACAAAAAAGUUUAUUCAUUCUGAAUUCUAGUCUUGGUUACCUUCAUCACAAUCUGCAUAGGCUUGCCAGCUAGGAAACAUUUAUGGGGUUGAAAUUUCCCUUAUCUUAGUAGUCAACAUAUUAUAUCCAUUCCAACAGUCUUCCUUGAAUUUGGCCCUUGCUCUCCCCUUUGCCUCUAGUUAGCCAGAGUAUGGGAUUUGGAGUCAGGCCCUGGGUUUGAAUCCUAGCUCUGCUACUUUUUGGUUGUGUGAUAGGAGAGUUAUUAAUUUCUCUGAGCCUCAGUUCCCUUGUAUGUAAAAUGAUAAUAAUACCUACCUCACAGGGUUGUUGUGAGGAUUUAAAUUAGAUAUUGUACGAAAAGUGCCUAGCACAAUGCCAGGCACACGGUAGAAUAGGUGCUCAAUAAAUGGUAGCUAUUAUUAUUAUUA